UUAGGUUAAUUUGUUUGAUUAAUAAUUGAUUGACUUUUGUAAAAUAUACUUUUUUUGUCUCCUACAAAUGUAAGAUCAUUUUUUUCAACUCUUUGUCUGUACUUGCUGACUCCUCCCCACACAGUCUGUUAUUCUUAGUUCUCUGCCACUUCCCCCGUCCGAUUUGUCAUGAAAUGACUUGAACCUCAACAUAACUCAGAAAAGCUCCGACCAUCUGAGUCACACGUUAACCAGAGGCUCUUCUGUUGUCUGAGAGAGUUCACCGCCUAACAUGGAAAAUACAACACCUUAUUACGACGACGCCGAUGGCCCUUUCGUCACACCGUGUUCCAGGUACAGCGAUAACAAUGUGGGAGCCAAAUUAUCCAUCCUUUAUUACUUUAUGUUCCUCAUCAGUCUUUUUGGAAAUGGACUGGUCCUGAUCAUCAUUUACCGGUUUGAAAGGCUGACCACAGUGACCAAUAUCCUGCUGCUCAACCUGGUCUUCUCUUCGAUAAUCUUCAUGAGCAGCCUUCCCUUCCUGGCCGUCCAGAACCAGCUCUCCGAAUGGAUUUUUGGCAAAGUUAUGUGCAGGAUAGUGGGCAGCAGCUACUACCUGGGCCUCUACAGUUCCGUCCUCUUUCUCACCAUUCUGACCAUAGAUCGACACAUAGCCGUUGUCUACUCCUUGGACGCGUCGAGACUGAGGGGCCGACGCUAUGCAAUGAUCUCCUGCGCUGUGGUGUGGAUAAUCAGCAGCUUGGCCUGCAUCUGUCCCAUGAUUACCCAUAUUCUAUAUAAGUAUAAUACCCAGGGAGUAAUUCUCUGUGGUGAUUAUCCAGGUACUUUAGAUUAUAUUGAUCAUUCUCGUCUAAAAGUGUCUCACUUUUACAUGCAGCUUUUCCUUUUCUUGAUUAUCCCUCUGGUGGUUAUCAUUUACUGCUACAUAAGAAUAGCAAUAACUGUUUUGAUGUCCAGGAUUGCCACCAAGUUUAAGACUGUCAGGUUAAUAUUCAUCAUUGUCGUGUGGUUUUUUGUGUCCUGGACCCCUUUCAACAUUGUGACACUGUUAAAACAAGAAGACAACUGCUUGGCAUCGCAGAGAAGAGGUUACGCACUUCACAUCACUCGCAACAUUACCUACAUUUACUUUUGCUUCAGCCCCAUCUUCUACACAUUUGUGGGCAGAAAGUUUCAGAACCACUUCAGGCUGAUGCUGGUGAAGCGUUUCCCAGUAUUAAAGCGAUACAUCAGUGUCACUCCGAACAGCAAUACCAGUAUGUCAACAAAAUGUUCGCCGAGUGACUAGUAGAACAAACACAAGCGUCUGCUUGUCCGUUUCAUAAACAGCCAUGAGUAAUAUUUAAUCAGAAAGUCUGUCAGACGAUAUACAAGGAAAAGGAAGGGUUUGAUGGGUUGAAAAAAUAUUUAAAAAAAAAUAGAGAAAAAAGAAAAGACUUCCGGGCAUCUUCAAGCCCAUUGACAAGUCGUUAAAGCUGAAUUUGAUCUGUUUUUUUUUUUCGAACUAGCAACUGAUUUUUCUCAGGGAUUCUCCUCAGAGCGGUGGAGCAUAUGUAGAGAAGUAGCUUUGUUAUUUUCAGAAAUUAUCUUUUGAUUUUUACAGAGCUUGUUUGACCAAACAAAUGUUCCAGUUAAAGGUGAUAUAUUAGCCAUUGCUAAAGAGUGAUUCACAAGCAAUUAAUUUACAAUACAGACUUUUUUUGGGCUAAAACCUUUUGCUGUCUACCUAUGAAGUGCCUGUAAUGUCGUUGCUAAUAUUAGCGCUAGUGUUCAUGCUCAUCGCAUUAUAUUUUCUUUGAGGUGAUACCAUAGGCUCAAAACGAUGUAGUGAUCAGUAAAUGUCUUUGUUGCCUUCUUCGUAUUCAAGCUGCCUUCAAGAAUUAAAAAAAUAAAUACAUAACUUUUAAGGAUAAUGUAAAUAUUCUAUACUCUCUACACUUUCAUGCUUAAGGGAUGGUCAAUAAAACUAAAUUAAAAACUCUGUUAUUAAAAUAUCCAGGAAGAA